CCGUUUCCAAACUGAUGCGCCUCUGUUUACUUCAUUUGCAAUGAUGAUGUGAGACCGAAACUGCUAGCUAGCUAGCCUAGCUAAAGUAAUGAGGAACCGGUAAGAGAUGGAGGAAAACACACAUGUGAUGGGGGGGACAUACUGACGGGCCUUUUACUGUUAAUAAUAGCUAUUUAUUCUCACCUGUUUGCUGUAGUUAAAGUAACCGUUUAAUGGCGGCGUUAGCCGGUUAGCGUACACGGCUGCAGGCUAGGCUAGCUGUGCAGUGGGUUCGUGUUUCGAUGUGAUUUGAUAUGGCACGCUGCAAACGCGACAACACUCGCCUACUCUGGAAGUAUUUCCUCCUUUAUCCCUGUUGAAUAACACAACCAAGCUUUUAGCAGGACGCGUUUUUUUUUUUUUUUUUUAGGUUUAAUUAGCCAUCACGUCUGCUGGCAGAAGCAACCUUUACAGCUAACGCCUCUUACUAGCGAAACUGUGUGUGGCACUGGAAUGGAGCCAGGCGACUUGCGUGAGAGCCCCGCCGGCUCCGGGGAGUCGGAUGCGGGGGACUGGAGGGAGGUUACUCCCGGUGGGGACGAGGAGGUCAAAACUGCCGAAACUAAUGGGACAACACCAGAGACGGCGCUCAGGGACACCUGCGAGGAAGGUGAUAAACAAUUACACAGCCCCUACGAGGAGGAACUGGACCCCAGAAUCCAGGAAGAGUUGGAGCAUCUCAAUGAAGCCAGUGCAGAAAUCAACAGACUGGAGCUGCAGUUGGAUGAUGCCAGAACAGGCUACCGGAAGAUCCUCACAGAGUCUGCCAGGAAGCUCAACGCUCAGAGCUCUCAGCUCGGUGGCUGCAUUGAGAAAGCAAGACCCUACUAUGAAGCUCGUCGCCUUGCGAAAGAGGCACAACAGGAGACCCAGAAGGCAGCUUUGAGCUAUGAGAGAGCAGUCUCUAUGCACACAGCUGCCAGGGAGAUGGUCUAUGUGGCAGAGCAGGGUCUGAUGGCUGAUGGCAAGAACACCCUGGAUCCCACCUGGCAGGAGAUGCUCAACCAUGCUACCUCCAAGGUGAACGAAGCCGAGGAGGAGCGACUUCGCAGUGAGAGGGAGCACAUGCGCGUCACACACGCCUGUCAGGAGGCCGAGGCUCGGGUUCAGAUGCUGCAAAAGUCCCUCAAAAGAGUCAUUGUGAAAUCCAAACCCUACUUCGAGCUCAAGGCCCAGUUCAACCACAUUCUGGAGGAGAACAAGGCCAUAGUGCUGCAGCUGGAACAGCACGUAGCCAAAGUGAAGACCCGCUACUCCAUCGCCUUACGAAACCUGGAGAAAAUCAGUGAGCAGAUUCACGCUCAGAGGGGGAGGGGCCCGGCAGAGGGAGGGCGCACCACUCUCUGCGGUGGGCGGAGCCCCCCCGUUGGAGCCGAGUCCGACAUCAGAGUUCAGAAAGAAGGCGGAGCCUGCGGCGGUGGUGCGACGGGGCCGGGUCGGGUGGACACAUCCAUCGACCUGGAGAAAUACAAGGAGAAUGAGAAGGAGAAGGAGAGGGAGAGGGAGCGGGCAGGGUCGGAUUCCCUUUCGGUCUUCAGCCUGCAGACCAUCGCUUCCGACUUGGAGAAAUAUGACUCCAUUGAGCACCUCGGGAACCUCAGCGAUGUCGGGAGCGUAACUGGGGAUGAGGGCGAGAAAGAGAGAGGCGGAGUGAUGGAUAGAAGAGACAAGCUGGCUGAAGCAACCACCAAAGAGCGCCAGCAGCAGUUCUACAAGCAGCAUCACCGAAGCUUCAGUUUGUGAGGCUGUCAUAGAUAUAAACACGCUAUAAACACUGCAGAAGCAAAGUGAGUUAUGAAAAUAAACUACCAAUUAGGGUAAGCAUCCCGAAAACAUAGGUACCAACCAAAGUAUAAGUCAGUGAAUAGCUGUAAAACUGGAUUGCUGCAGUUGUAGGUGUACGAUAUGAGUUUAUGGUGUAAAUAAGCACACGUAUGUUGACUGACAAUACAUUAUUCUAACGCUGACACUGAUCAAUAGUUAAUAUUCCUGCCUGGUUACAACACUACUGGAAGCUAAAGAGCUUUCAAAACUCCAGGACAAGUAUACUGUAUAUUGAGGGAUUCUGGGUAGAAUUUGUUCCUUGAGCAUGAAGGAACAGUGAAGAAUGAUCAAAAGACGACGUUGAUCUAAUGUGGUGAGACUAGUGAAAACAAAACCCUCCAUUGUUUCCCCUCCCAGUCGUGUCGAGUCUUAUCAGCGAUUGCUUCAAGGUAGGGGGGUUUGCAGGGUCUCUUCAUAGACACUCGUAUCCACCCUCAUCAAGUUAGUGUGCAAGGAAAAAUGACAAAAGCGAUUCUGUCAGCGCAGGGUGAAAGCAUGUUUGAAAUCACAUUUCAUAUAUUUAUUUCCAGUAACAUGCUGCAAGCAGUGUUUUGGUAAUUUUAGCACGAGACAAUGCGUUUAUUGAAAGUUCCUGAAAUGAAUGGAGUCUGAAGAUGAUAAUGAGUCCUUCUACUCAGACAGCAUGCGCUCCUUGUUCCCUAUCUAAACAGACACUUAUGACAUGUAUUCAGGGCUCUAUGCUGAAAGUAAAACUGAAACCAUUAAAGCUAAGAUGAUGAAGCUGCAGCCAUGUUUUCUUUUUAAUGUCGUAUGGCGCAAAAACCUUUCCCCAACUUUGUGUUAUUCGGAUAUUGUUUACAUGUGUACAAGUGGAUUUCUUUGGCAGCAAAUGCAUUUCCUCUUUUGUUUGCCUUUUUAAAAACAGUUUGCCCGUGUUGUGAUUUGAAGUGUGCCUUGAUACAGAACAAGCAACACAUUUAGCAUGAGUGGCACUUUGCUGUAAUCUCAUCUGUAGUUGUGUUUAGAACCAUUUCAUUCAUUUGUGUGUCUGCGCCCUUUUUAUGAUUUUUGGAACACUAAUAAUCUAAGUCACCCAGGCGCCGAAUCCUUGAAGAGGUCUGAUUUCUGUAUUUUCUUUUUAUGAUAUUGUACUUUGAUUUUCUGAGUGUGAGACGCGAAACGACGAAGUCAAGAAAUGACUUGUAAAUGUAUGUAAUUAUUACAAAGCUGGAAAAUAUUGACAUGUACAGCUACAUGUGUUAAUGGACGUGAAUGUUGGUUGUACAUAUGUUUUCUGGAUGCUCACAGUUUGUCAUGUGUAUUUAAAUCAUCGUUGCAGUUAAUCUGAGAAAACCUCACCUUCACUUCUGUCUUAACAAUUAGUCUUCACCCUAUUAAUGGCAUUUGUGAUUUAGUCAGAAUGUCACUUUCCAAUUUAUGCAUUGUCAUAUCUAUAAUCAAUAAACCAAAUCAUACUUCUUG